AUUGAACGCUUGAAAGCUGAUCCGCUGAAGUGUCACACAUCGACGUGUGUACUUUGCACCAUUUAGAAAAGACAAUUCACAGAGAUUCAGACAACCAUUUUCCUUCAGAUCAAGCACUACUAAACCCUGAAACCAGUGUACGUGUACUCAACUAACUACAUAUUUCUAACCCUAAAUGUUCUGACAUUUUCUCCAUUUCCCUCUCCUCGACCUCCAUAAAUGUGGACAUAAAUUCAAGAUUCAGAGCUAUGGAAGAAGUUUGGGAUGAUAUCAAUCUUGCAUCUCUUAACGACAAGCCCCCAGACUUCCGUGGGAUGAUCCUCCAAGAUUUCUUGGCCAGGCCCUGUUCUAAUAAAGAUUCAGUGGCCGCUGCUAUCGUAACAUCGGGCUUUGCUUCUCCGGCGCCUCCACCACCACCUCCGACAACUAUGCUCACCUUGAACUCAAUACCUGAACGGUUCCAUUUCUUGGGAAACUCAGAUCCUCUUAACCAAACCUCUCAUUCACAGCCCCAAACUGUUUCUUCUUCGUGUUGUGUCACUGUGGCUUCUUAUCAUGGAAAGAAGAGGUUGACGGAGCCUGACAGCAAUUUUGCCGGUGAUCGACGACACAAGCGUAUGAUCAAGAACCGGGAGUCAGCUGCUAGAUCAAGGGCUAGAAAGCAGGCUUAUACGAAUGAGUUAGAGAUAGAAGUGGCACACCUGCUGGAAGAGAAUGCCAGGCUCAAGAACCAGCAACGACAGUUACAUCUAGCAGCAGCUGCUCAAGAUCCCACGAAGCAAACUCUCCGUCGAACAUUAACCGCUCCAUUUUGACUCCAAAAUGAGAUAUUCUAUAACUGUUUCUAGUUAAGGAUUGUACUGUUUUGUUUGGUAGGCAUGUAAGUGUUAAAUAUCUGGACCAUAUUUUGUCUAUACCAAGAAGCUCUAUUACUCUUGUAUGGUGGUUGAGGUGGGGGUCGAAUUGCUCCACAUAUAGUUCCUCGAACCACAUUUUAUAAACGGAUGAAAUUGUUUGAUAAUUUGACGAUAGUAGUGGUAUGGAUAUCA